CGGAGCCGGAAGGAGGGAGGGCGGAGCCAGGGCGGCCGUGGCCUGUGAGCGCCUCGCUGGCGCUGGCAGAGCGGAGCCGGCUGCUUGCGGAGCGGUGCUCUGUGUUCCCGCGGUCCUAGACGCCAGCACGGUAAAGGUCUGCCGAGAUGCCCAUCCAGGUAGAUGACAUCAUGAAGCUCCUGUGUUCCAUUUCCCACGAGAGAAAAAUGAAGGCGGCCGUCAAGCACUCUGGGAGGGGUGCCUUGGUUGCGGGGACAGUGGCCUUUGUCGGUGGUUUGGUUGGUGGCCCGCCAGGAAUUGCUUUUGGGGGUGCUGUUGGGGGCCUGUUGGGGGCCUGGAUGACGAGUGGACAGUAUAAGCCAGUUCCUCAGAUCUUAAUGGAGCUGCCCCCUGCCGAACAGCAGAAACUCGUUAAUGAAGCCGCGGCCAUCAUCAGGAACUUGGACUGGACAGAUGCUAUACAGCUCACUGCUCUGGUCAUGAGCAACCAGGCCAUGCAGCAGAAGCUCUUGGCCAUGCUAGCCACCUAUGUCACCAAGGAGCUACAGGCCGAUAUCCGCUAUGAUGACUAGGUCACUCUCCCUGGGGGAUGGGCUUGCAUUUGGAUGAUUCCACGACUCCCAGAAGGCGACCUGGGAAUGGGGGGUGCCUGGCAGGUGCGUUGAGAAACCUGCACGCUAUCAGUAUUGACUAUAAGCUGGAGUACAUCCUGUUGGACUGUCCUCUGCUGGAGUACAUCCUGUUGGACCAUCCUUCGCUGGAGAGGCUUCAGCUGUGCAUGGUGGGCUGUGUGUGCUAUGGGAAGGUCCGGGCUGUUGGCAUCCACAGACAGUUUAGAAGUCCUCCUGAUCCUGUGGGUCUAAAAGGAGUUCUCAGGUUGGCUGGCCAACUGUGCCGGGUGCCCCUCUUCCUUUGAAAGUACCUCUAGGUAUCUGUGACAGGAUCAGAGGGUCCUGGGGGGUUCAGAGCCAGCUCUUGACAGGAUGUGCUUACUUGUUGAGUGUUCCCCUUCUUUGCCCAGGGUCUCACGAUGACAGUGGUCCCUACUUUGAGUGAAGCCACAAAUGCCAGGCAGUCCCCAGACUCUAUGUCCCAGGCUCUCUUAAGUAACUUUGGUUAAACUUCUAAAGUCUUUUACCUUAUUAUGGAAAAUCAUGGCACUUAUUUAUCUUUUACUUUUUUUUGUUUGUUUUUUGAGACAGGGUUUCUCUGUAGCUUUGGAGCUUGUCCUGGAACUAGCUCUUGUAGCCCAGGCUGGCCUUGAACUCACAGAGAUACCCCUGCUUCUGCCUCCCGAGAGCUGGGAUUAAAGGUGUGCGCCACCACCAUCCAGAUCUUAUUUAUCUUUUACUUUUAUUGUCAAUUCUGGACCCUUUUAUUCUCUACGCUUGUAGUCUAAGUUAAUUUCACUCUAAUUUUUUUUCUUACUGUGUUGCCUGGACUGGCCUUGAAUUCCUGGGACUGUAGGCUGUGCCACCGUACCCAGCUUUACCUCAGAGACUGUUCUUUUCGCCACUGUAUCUAAGUUUGUUCUUCCAGGUUCUCUAUCCCAGCUCAGUUUUCUCCCCUCACUGGCUGCAAUUUACAACUCACUUGUGUGGAAAGGCAAAAUUAACAAUGAAUCGAGUUCAAAGAUCCUAACUGAGCUGGGUGCUGUGGUGCACACCCACGGUCCCAAGUAAGGGAAAGGUCAAAGCAGGAACAUCCUUGAGCCCAGGAUUCAAGACCAACCUGGACAACAUGGAGGAACUGGGAGAUAGAAGGUGGGGACAUAGCUCCUUGCUUAGCUUUUAUUUACAGCCACAGAAUCAAGACGCAGUGAGUGUUCUGAUGUGCUCGACAGGAGACGAAGGGCAAACACAGACAAUACCAGCACUGAGGUUAACCCCUGGGCAGCACCUUAUCGCUCUGGUUAAAACCAGGGAUUUGGCCAUCCUCUCCUUGAUUUCCCCAAGUGACAACAGCUCAAACCUGACAAGCAGCUUGUUUGGUAUUCGUUUUUCUUGUGAUGCUGCGGAUGGAGCACGGGGCCUGCAUACUCUAGGUAAAUACCACCCCUGAGCCCUGCUCCCUGCUCUCCCUUGCUAGAUCCAAGGCCAGUGCUGUAUGGGUAAGCCUGCUCCCAGCCCUUGAGUGGCUCAGUUUCGGUUUGGCCAGUUGGUUCCAGUGCUCAACGGAUGACAUCAUAUACAUUUGAUUAAACAUUUGAAACUUCUUUUUUUUCCCCCGUCAAAGAUGGGCACUCAGGGAGCGCAGGAGCUAUGUGUCUUGUCAUCUUGUCACACCCUACCCAUCUCCAGCUUGCUCCUGCUUGGCACCGUGGCUUUUAUGUGGGGACACUCAAUGAAUAUUCAUCUUUAAUGCUAUGUGCUUUAGGUCUUUCUGGAUUUUUGUUUGUUUAUGUUUUGUCUGCAUUUAUGUAAACAUAGUAUGUAUGUGUGUGAUUCCCACAGAGGCCAGAAGGGGGCACUGGACCUCCUAGAACUGGAGUUACUGACAGUGUAAACUGUCAUGUGGGAGUUGGGAACCGAACCCAGGCCCUCUGCAAGAUCAUUAAUGGCUAAACCGGCUCCCUACCUCUAGGUGUUGUUUUUUUUCAAAACAGGGUUUCUCUGUGCGGUUCUGCUUGGUUUCAAACUCAUGAUCCUCCUGCCCCAGCCUUUUGAGCCAUGAAAUUACAGGCAGGCAUCACCAAGCUAAGAUCUAUAAUAUUUUGUUGUUGUUGAAGUCUUUAAAUUCUCAUUGUUUUUUUUUUUUUCAUUAUUU